GUGAGGACCCUCAACGUGACCGGAAGUGUCAUUUACCGAAACUGACAGUUAGCUAACAUGUCUGUGGAUGUGAAAACAAGAUCCAAACGGUAUGAGAAACUGGACUUUCUCGGAGAGGGUCAGUUCGCCACUGUGUACAAAGCCAGAGAUAAAUUGACUGACACAAUAGUUGCCAUUAAAAAGAUUAAAGUAGGCCACAGAACUGAGGCUAAAGAUGGUAUAAAUCGAACUGCUCUCCGAGAGAUCAAAUUGCUGCAGGAGCUGCAUCAUUCAAAUAUCAUCGGGCUGCUGGAUGCAUUUGGGCAUAAAUCAAACAUUAGUCUGGUGUUUGAUUUCAUGGAAACAGAUCUAGAGGUUGUCAUUAAAGACACCAGCCUGGUGCUGACUCCAGCCAACAUCAAAGCCUACAUCCUUAUGACUCUACAGGGAUUAGAAUACAUGCACCAGCACUGGAUUCUACAUAGGGAUCUGAAACCCAAUAAUUUGCUGUUAGACGGUAGCGGAGUCUUGAAGUUGGCAGAUUUUGGUUUGGCCAAAGCUUUUGGGAGCCCUAACAGAGUCUACACACAUCAAGUUGUUACCAGGUGGUACCGCUCCCCUGAGCUCCUGUUUGGUGCCAGGAUGUAUGGGGUUGGCGUUGACAUGUGGGCGGUGGGAUGCAUCCUGGCAGAGUUGCUUCUUCGGAUACCAUUCCUUGCUGGAGACUCUGAUCUCGAUCAGCUGACCAAAAUCUUCGAGGCUCUUGGAACCGCCACAGAUGAAACAUGGCCUGGAAUGAGUAGUCUGCCAGACUUUGUGUCCUUCAAGAUAUUUCCUGGCACACCGCUGGAACAUAUAUUUAGUGCAGCUGGGGAUGAUUUACUUGAGCUACUACAGGGCCUCUUUACCUUCAACCCCACAACCAGGACCACAGCCACACAGGCUCUAAAGAUGAAGUACUUCAGUAAUCGGCCUGGACCCACACCGGGUCCACAGCUCCCCAGACCAAACUGCUCGGCUGAGGCUUUGAGGGAAAAGGAAACUGUUGGGCUAAAGAGGAAAAUUGAAGGCCUUGAAACAACCGUAAUGAAGAAGAAGCUCGUUUUCUGACCAGAAGUGAUUCACAGACGGGAGGGAAUGUCUACAACGAGAUGUGGCUUCUUGCUUUACUCAGGACUGUUUCCUGGAUGGAACAGAAAGCAGCUUAAAAGCAGAUGAUGCUGUCUCUGUGGCAUAACACCUCAAGGUGCUGCAGCAUCCAGCAGUACUAAGGUGCAACAGAGACUGUAGUCAGAACCGUUGGUUCUGGUUCUUCAUGAUGCCUAAACUUUGGGACUGUGAUAAAAUAUUUUUAUUAAUGUUACUUGAGUUUAAAACAAGUAGGCUACCAGACUCACUCCCUGCACAUGGAUGUUAUUUUUAUUUUUUCUAUGUUAAACCAAUAAAUAGUAAAUAAGCAGAUAAAA